GCGUUCAAGUUGAUGUAGCUAUGUCCACCCAUGCUGCACGUCUCGCACGUCUCUUCACUCCUUAUUAUGCCUGUCGAAUCAAUGCCCAGAUAGUUCAUCCUAAUGUCUCUCGUCUGGUUAAACCCAAUGAGUUGGAAUCUGCCUUAGCCCGGCCGCUACAGGUAUCCAUUUACGAGCCCCGUCAACCUUCGCAUUAUCUCGCAGCAACACUUUCGUACGGGAUCAUCAACGGACAUCCAUUCAUGGAUGGAAACAAAAGAACCGCAUUCUUUCUUGCCAACGAGUAUUUGCGAGCUAUGGGCCUAGCAGGCCUGGCAGACAAUGGCAAAGUUGGCGUUGUGUACGACGAUAUAUCCAAACUGGCAGACGGUUACGUUAACACUGCCGCGGGGCGAUUAAAUGUGCAAGAACUUGCAGACUCGAUUGGUCGGUGGCAAUGAUGGGCGCAAAUGAAUGUUAUUCAUGGUUAGCAGCUAUACGCUAGGCUGCUCAGAGCCAGCGAGGUUCGAGCGCAUGCCUGUCUGAACUCAUCUCAUCGACGAGAGACUUGUAAGCGGGGGACCAUAUCGAUGUAAUGACUAUGCCAGAGAUCUCCAUAGGAGACCACUGCUCCGCUGUGGCGGAGUGGGCUCCGGGUUCUCAUUAUAAGCCGUCAUGUUCUUCGAAUACAGUUAUCAGAGAUUUCGUUCGUAAAGCGGCAACGGUCGCAAAUUAUGAAAUACUGACUACGAAGCUGAUGAAUAUACAGGCCGUCCUGCUAUG